UUGUGCAAGCAGGAAGAGAACAGCCCCUCUUUACCCAGGGGACUUGUUCCUCGGUGCAAACAUUACUCGGAACUGCUGGAAAAUUAAAAAUUAGCAACGCAACCUGUGUGGGUCAGUGCCAGCCAUCCCACGGGCCACGCAUCCCCGCCAUGGAGCAGCUCAGGGCUGCCUUGGAGCUGCGGGGGGACCCAGCCCAUCCGCUGAAACUGCUCGUUUGAUUAGUCAAGAAGGUAAAAUACUCAUUUUUACUGAAAGAAGCACUAAACAUGUGUUUAAAGGUGGACAGAAUUUUGCUGUUUGCGGACAUUUCGUGGUGCUGCCAUCUUUCCCGCAGACAGAUGCCCCCCAAGAAGGGAGGCGACGGCGUGAAGUCGCACCCCAUCAUCGGCCGCUUCGGGACGUCGCUCAAGAUCGGCAUCGUGGGGCUGCCCAACGUCGGGAAAUCCACAUUUUUCAAUGUGUUAACGAAGAGUCAAGCGGCGGCAGAAAACUUUCCUUUCUGCACCAUUGAUCCAAACGAGAGUCGAGUGCCUGUGCCAGAUGACAGAUUUGACUUCCUGUGCCAGUACCACAAACCUCCAAGCAAAAUUCCAGCCUUUCUGAAUGUGGUGGAUAUUGCUGGCCUUGUGAAAGGAGCCCAUACUGGCCAAGGCUUAGGAAACUCCUUUUUGUCUCAUAUUAACGCCUGUGAUGGGAUCUUUCAUCUGAUGCAAGUUCCCCUCGCAGCAGGACCCCGCGAGCGGCGCCGCGGGCAGCAGCAGCGCUCCGCGCACGAAGCGGGGCUCGCGCCUCCUCGCUCCGGCGCGCCGCACGCGGCGGCCCAGCGCCUCUGCUUGUGGCGGUAGAGCCCACUCGUGUCCCCGCUGUGAUUUGGAGCUCUUCUGUUAGGCGCUGAAAUCCACCUUCAAGUGAUGUAAACAUAGGCGUCUUGCAAAAUUGUAUUUUAACA